AUGGCUUCCCCACAGCAAACGAGUUCUGGUUCAGAUGUGGACCCCCGGUAUGCCAAGUUUGAUGAGAAAAAGAGGAAGAGAAUGAUUUCCAAUCGCGAAUCAGCCAGGAGAUCUCGGGUGAGGAAGCAACAACAUGUAGAUGAGCUCGUUAGCCAGGUGAACCAGUUGGAGAAGGUGAAUAAGUUGGCUUUGGAGGAUAUCAACAACACCACCCAGCUGUACCUUGGAAUUGCCUCUGAGAAUAACGUUUUAAGGGCUCAGGCUGCAGAGCUCACUGAUCGUCUCCGCUCGCUUAAUAAUGUGCUUGAAGCUGUUUCCAUUAUCAAUGGAGUGCCUGUUGAUAUCCCUGAAAUUCCAGAGAACCUCCUCGAACCGUGGCAGCUGCCUUGUCCUGUCCCUCCUGUCAUGGCUUCUGCAAAUUGGUUUCAGUAA